AUGGCACAGCCCCCCUUCCUCAUCUCAGACGGCACAGCCCCCCUUCCUCAUCUCAGACGGCACAGCCCCCUUUCCUCAUCUCAGACGGCACAGACCCGCUUCCCGAUCUCAGAUGGCACAGCCCCCCUUCCUCAUCUCAGACGGCACAGCCCCCUUUCCUCAUCUCAGAUGGCACAGCCCCCCUUCCUCAUCUCAGAAGGCACAGCCCCCCUUCCCGAUCUCAGAUGGCACAGCCCCCCUUCCUCAUCUCAGACGGCACAGCCCCCUUUCCUCAUAUCAGACGGCACAGACCCCCUUCCCGAUCUCAGACGGCACAGCCCCCCUUCCUCAUCUCAGAAGGCACAGCCCCCUUUCCUCAUCUCAGACGGCACAGACCCUCUCCCUCAUCUCACACGGCACAGCCCCCCUUCCUCAUCUCAGAAGGCACAGUCCCCCUUCCUCAUCUCAGACGGCACAGCCCCCCUUCCUCAUCUCAGAUGGCACAGCCCCCCUUCCUCAUCUCAGACGGCACAGCCCCCCUUCCUCAUCUCAGAAGGCACAGCCCCCUUUCCUCAUCUCAGACGGCACAGACCCUCUCCCUCAUCUCAGACGGCACAGCCCCCCUUCCUCAUCUCAGACGGCACAGCCCCCUUUCCUCAUCUCAGAAGGCACAGCCCCCCUUCCCGAUCUCAGAUGGCACAGCCCCUCUUCCUCAUCUCAGAUGGCACAGACCCCCUUCCUCAUCUCAGACGGCACAGCCCCCCUUCCCUAUCUCAGACGGCAGAGCCCCCCUUCCUCAUCUCAGAAGGCACAGCCCCCCUUCCCGAUCUCAGAUGGCACAGCCCCCUUCCUCAUCUCAGACGGCACAGCUCCCCUUCCUCAUCUCAGACGGCACAGCCCCCCUUCCUCAUCUCAGACGGCACAGCCCCCCUUCCUCAUCUCAGAAGGCACAGCCCCCCUUCCCGAUCUCAGAUGGCACAGCCCCCUUUCCUCAUCUCAGACGGCACAGACCCGCUUCCCGAUCUCAGAUGGCACAGCCCCCCUUCCUCAUCUCAGACGGCACAGCCCCCUUUCCUCAUCUCAGAUGGCACAGCCCCCCUUCCUCAUCUCAGACGGCACAGACCCCCUUCCCGAUCUCAGACGGCACAGCCCCCCUUCCCGAUCUCAGAAGGCACAGCCCCCCUUCCCGAUCUCAGACGGCACAGCCCCCCUUCCUCAUCUCAGACGGCACAGCCCCCUUUCCUCAUCUCAGAUGGCACAGCCCCCUUUCCUCAUCUCAGACGGCACAGACCCCCUUCCCGAUCUCAGACGGCACAGCCCCCCUUCCCGAUCUCAGAAGGCACAGCCCCCCUUCCCGAUCUCAGAAGGCACAGCCCCCCUUCUCGAUCUCAGAAGGCACAGCCCCCCUUCCUCAUCUCAGAAGGCACAGCCCCCCUUCCUCAUCUCAGACGGCACAGCCCCCCUUCCUCAUCUCAGAAGGCACAGCCCCCCUUCCCGAUCUCAGACGGCACAGCCCCCUUCCCGAUCUCAGAAGGCACAGCCCCCCUUCCUCAUCUCAGAAGGCACAGCCCCCCUUCCCGAUCUCAGAUGGCACAGACCCCCUUCCUCAUCUCAGAUGGCACAGACCCCCUUCCUCAUCUCAGAAGGCACAGCCCCCCUUCCCGAUCUCAGACGGCACAGCCCCUUCAUUUACAGUCUGCCUCUGGAGAUUACGGAAUUUAA